AGAGUUUUGGGGCUCAACCAGCAACUACACUUGGCCUGAUCUUCCUCAGCAUGGCUCGCCGCUCCAGCAUGAGCGGCCUUGGCGCCCUGUUUGUCCUCACGGUGGUUUUUUGUGUGCUGGAUCUGUGGCGUACUCCCGCCGACGUGCCGCGGCAUUUGGCGCUGGUGGUGGCGGAUGAGCAGCCGGACCCCGAGGGCUUCAUGACCAAGGUCUUCGCGGCAGCUGCACAGGGCUGUACCGCCGCCUUGGUCGCCGCCAUCCUCUCCGCCAUGUGCGAGCCGCUGGUGAACCGAUUGCUGGUGAAGCGCAUGACAGUGAGCCAGGCCUACCAGGAGGUCACAUUCAAGCUGGUGUCCAACUUCUUCCUCACCACCUUCCCCACCAACAUGCUGAAGUUCCCGGUCUUCGAGGUGAUCAACCGCGCGAUGACCUUCACCUCUUUGUCCCCCGGUGUCAGCGGCCUCAUCAGCGGCUGGCUCUUCUGCACCGUCAUGCUGCCCGUCACCAACUACCGCUUCCGCAAGAGCAUGGGCUGGGAGAUCAAGCCGGCGCUCCUGUACCAGGCCUACGUUCCCACGGUGUGCCGAGACAUUUUGUACGGCUGGGCGCGUGGGCUGUCUGGCCCCUUGCUGCUGGAUCUCUUCGCGCCCACCACCUUCACCCACAAGGCAAUGGUCUUCGGCCUCACCAUUUGGGCUUCUUGCAUCCUUUCUUCGCCCUGCAACGAGUGGCGUGGAUACACCCUGCAGCCGCCGGACAAGGUGCUGCCCUUCAAGAUUUACUUCAAGCCGAUCAACUAUGCGCGCUCCACAGGAAUUGGCUCGACCAUUAUGGGCGUGGCGCUGAUGAUCGGCAUGUUGGUAACGCCUUAUGCCGAGGAUGCAUUCGCGUACAUGAAGGAGCACACCGCAGUGGCAAUGGCCUUGUGCGCUCUGGCAGUGGUUGGCAUCGUGGCAUUGACCAAGUGAUUGCAAUACGCGGCGCGCGCGAAUAUUUCUGGGAGCUGCCCGGCGAUCGGGUGAGAGUUGCCAACUCGUCGGGGUCAAGUUGAGUGUCACGGUGGGGAGCAAUUCGGUUUUCCGGGCCCAGCUUGGCCUCCGUUUCACCUUUUGGUUUAUGGGCCAAGAAACAGGCUGGGGGUUGUAAACCAGGGUCCCCCCCCCCCUCCCCCCUGGGGUUUGAAUCUGGAGCCUGACAGCUCAGGCUUCAAUGCUCGCCCUUGACUUCCAUGUUUGAUGGAGGUACAGUUUUCACGGCAGACACGGCCCAAUUUUUAGCAGGAGGG